CUGAAGCUGUGUGGGUGGUGUCUAGAUCAUGUCGCAGCUGGAGGAGCGUGGGGCGUGUGUGUAUUGCGUGAGUGGUUAGCGCGAUUGUUUGCGCGAUAUGGUGGUUGUCCUGUCGUGAGGCUCUCUGGGUACUGGUGCUCGGUGGUCCGGGCCCGUCUCCGCAUGUUGCUUGGAUAUAUGCAUUGUCUGGGCCCACUAUAUGUACGAUGCUUUUGCGCCACAAGUUGUAACUAG